UAGCACCGGCGAGCCACGCUUCCUUAGCAACGGCCUGAUGUAAACAUUGCAGUAAGCAAAAUAAAAAGGAAAAUCACUACAAGUGCGGCUCGUUAGGGUUGAUAUGUUUUCACUGUUGAAAGAUACUUAACAGGCAUCAUGCAGCUGUUGUACUUUAUGGUGGAGAGAAGGUAAACGAGUUUUUGUGGUUUUAGUUCUAAAUCAUGAAUUGUGAAGGAAUUUGACUUGGUCUCCUCACCUGCUGGGCUCUGAAUAUCUCUGACUAAACAGCUGGACACACACAAACAGGGAUCAUGACAGAGAAUGAGAAGCAGAAACUAACCGGAGACGAAGAAAUUAUAAAAGAACUGUGUGUGUCCAACGGACUCUGCUAUGAGAAGGUGUGUCAGGAGGGGAGUGCUGAAAUGGUUCUGGCGAUGUUUUUCUCUGGGUUCCCGCGCAUGGUGGGUCUCUCUCUUUUCCCUAGAUUGUCCAGUCUCACUAUUGUUGGCCAGAGCAUCAGCUCAAUCCAGGGUCUGGAGUACUGCCCACUCCUCAAAGAAUUAUGGGUAGUGGAGUGCAAACUGAAUGAAAUCUCUGGCCUACAUAACUGUGUGCAUUUGCAGAAAUUAUUUCUGUACGACAACAACAUCCAGCAGAUUACAAAUCUAGAGAUGCUGGUUAACCUUCACGUCCUGUGGCUUAAUAAGAACGAGAUCUCUGACAUACAGGGAUUGAAUUCACUUGUAAACCUUAAAGAGUUGAAUCUUGCUGAUAAUGCUGUUGAGACUCUUGGUCAUUGUCUGGAUUCCAACAUCAGUCUCCAUAAUCUAAACCUCUCAGGGAACAAAAUCAGUUCCUUCAAGGAAUUGACCCAUCUGGCUCGACUGCCCCGUCUACGGUACCUGAGUCUGAAGGACCCUCAAUCCAUUCCAAACCCGCUGUGUCUGCUCUAUAAUUACUACAUACACAUCCUAUAUCACAUGCCACACCUGCAGCGCUUGGACACAUAUGACAUAUCCAGCAAGCAUAUCAAAGACACUGCAGAGUCCACAGUGCUGAAGAAAAUGAUGUAUUACACCAUGCGGGUACGUUGUGCACAAAGACAGUUUGAUGAACUCAAAGCCAAGCUCAGGAAGCAGAGGAAAGACCAGAUACAACUACCAGAGGAGAGAAUACAUGUGCUAACACACAUGCUCAGAAAUAUGGAGUGUGAGCUGUCCCAUGUGCAGUCUGUUGGUAAGAAGACAGGAGAACAUGAAGACUUGACCUCUGACUUUGGUAAUAACCCCAGUCAUGAGCAGAGACUGCAGCACAAACUGGAUGCUCUUAAAGACCGACUGAGAUUCUGGGAGCGGCACCUGGAGGAGGUAGAAGCAUGUCACCAGCUAAAUGUGUCUUUGGCCUCAGAUAGAAGGGAUAUGAUGGUGCACUUUCUGCUUUUGGAGCUGGAAACUGUGGGGAACAUUCGCUUUGAGGAGGGAAACACCGGCGAACCUUGGUACCACAUGUUCACAUCAUGUUAUGAUCUCUUGCUGUCCCGUUUCUGUGCAUGGGAUUAUAAACCUCACAACAUCUCUGGCAUUAAGAUCAAUCGAAUCAUUCGUAUCCAUAACCGAGCUCAGCGGCAACGCUUCCAGGACAAAGUACACUCUCUGCUCUGCAGACAGGAACCUUCACCGUUCUCACAGAACUAUAAACGCUGCAUGGAGUAUCUGUUCUACGUGCCCGAUCCAGAACAUUCCUGUGAAAGUGAUGAGAUACUUCCAAUCCUAGAAAAUGGUUUUAAAACUGCUGAUGCAUAUAAGGCAUUAGGCAGAGAGAGAGCCAUCCCCCUCUCUAACAGUGUCAGUUUGUCUGAUCAACUGCGUAUGACAUUUAUGCAGAAGAAGAGUUGCUCGACAUCAGGAAGUAGCCCUGUAGAUAUUCUUCCCUUCAGACAUGGUCAGUUGAUCAUUUCUAAAGUGUUCCUGGGCCGCAGUGCUGCAGUGAAGGAGGGUCUCCCAAUAGAUUGUGAUCUUUAUCCUAAAGCAAAUUCUGUUUACCUCAGUACCUGCUCUAAAGAGCAAAAGCACACAGCACAAAAAGCCCCUGACAUGCUGUGUCCUUCCAGCCUGGCGGACAGCUGCGACUGUAUACAGCAGCAGAAACUGUGGUACAUGUUUGACAAUGAAAUGGUGCUCCCAGAGUACCUUGUAGACUUUGAAUAUGUAACACAGGAUACAUUUCAGCACUCUCCAGACUCCCCGUCUUGUUCUCAUGAAUCCCCAGCUGAUGCCCCAUCUGUGUCCCGAGCUGAGCUGGACCUGGACGAGGAGGCAUUAAAUAUGGAACCCGUCCUGAAGCCUCACCCCAAGCUGCUCAGUCUAGAUGAGAAAUCCACACUGACAGUGGCCAGAGCAAACGUCCUCAGUCAGAUCACAGUGCUGAAUCUACAUGGCAACAGUCUGAAUAAACUACCUGAGAUUUCUCGACUCACAGCUCUAAAGCAACUGACCCUCAGCUUCAAUGAGCUCACUCAUCUGGACGAUAUUUCACAUAUGCCAAACUUGGAAUACCUGGAUGUUAGUUUUAACCAUAUUUCCUCUCUGGAGGGUUUGCGUGGACUUAGUCAACUCAUAGAACUGGAUCUUCGCUGGAAUCAAUUGACUCGAAUCAGGGAUGACAUGAAUGUUUUGCGUAAACACACCCCUGCCCUGCUCCGUCUGGACACACGGCACAAUCCUUGGCAUAGGAACGAAUGUGUGCGUGUGGUGGUUAUUGGUCGACUGAAGUCUCUCACAUAUUUGGAUGAUGUUUUCGUGUUGGAGGAGGAAGCGGCUGCUGCUGUUCAAGUGGCUGCCCGAUCUAGAAUCAACCAGGCAUCUCUGAUGACCCACUCUCGGACUGACAGUGAACGUCCCCACAGUCUGAGUUUGCUCUCUUCUGCUCACCUGCUCACACAGAUCAGCCCGUCUCCAUGGAAACACUCGCAAGAGCUUGAGCCAGGCUGGACCACAAAAAUCACAGCACUGAAUCUUGAUGGUCUGCGGUUAACCCGACUCAGUAAUCUUGAACGACUGGUGAAUCUUCGCUGGGCUUCAUUUGACAUUAAUGAAUUAACUCGAAUUGAGGGUCUGGAACACUGUACCCUACUGGAGGAACUUUCCCUUAAUAACAACAGUAUUAGCAGACUGGAAGGUUUGUGUGCGAUGCAUCGUCUGACUCGUCUGAGCAUUAACAGCAACCACUUACAGUGUUUAGAUGGGGAUGUUUUGGACCAGUUACCCAACCUUCACUUCCUGUCUGUAGAGAACAACAUCAUCUCAUCUCUGCAUGGGCUGCAAAGGUCACGGUCCUUAUUCGAGCUGUAUGUCGGCAAUAAUGACAUCAGCACCACCCGAGACAUAUACCACUUAAAGGCACUGUCUAGUUUAAUUAUUCUGGAUCUGUAUGGGAACCCCCUUGUAAACAAACUGGAGAACUACAGGAUCUACAUGGUUUUCCAUCUUCCUUCACUCAAAGCACUGGAUGGAGUAGCUGUGGAAACAUGUGAAUCAGAAACUGCUAAGGACGUGUUUGAAGGGCGGCUCAAUGCAGAUAUGGUUGCUGAGAAGCUGGGCUAUACCAACUACAGAGACCUGUCAGAACUCAACCUGCAGUCUAGCUCAGUCAAAAUGGUGGAUCUUGCUCCUGCUGAUUUGUUCAGUAAUUUACGCAGUAUUAAUCUAGAUCACAAUAACCUCACCUCAUUCAGCGGUCUCAUCUUCCUGCCCAACAUUAAGGUGUUGUCUCUGAACUAUAAUCACAUUGAGUCAGUUCUGCCACGUCAAAAAGUUCAGAGUCACAUGAGCAACAAGCAGAUUCUCCAUCAUAAAGUCAGUUCCAGUGGAUAUGGGCAGCAGAACAGCAGGCCCAGCAGGGAGGGAUUAUCUGAUAAUCUGGAGCCUCUGAUGUCCAGUUUAGAGGUUUUGCAUUUAGGUUAUAAUGGUAUAUCCAACUUGAUCAAUCUACAAAUUAGCCGACUCACUAACCUCAGAGCACUGUUUCUACAAGGGAAUGAUAUCAGUCAGGUAGAUGGAUUGGAUGGUCUGCAGAAAUUACGUGAAUUGGUUCUGGAUCGAAAUCGAAUUAAAUCUUUGAGUGAGAACUCAUUCUGUGGACAGGGAGUUCUGCUGGAUUUGCACUUGGCAGAGAAUCGAAUCCGUGAACUGAACCACCUUCAGCCUCUCACUGAGCUCCGGAGACUGUUCUUGGACAUGAACAAAAUACUGGACAUUUUAGAGCUGGAGAAACUGGAGGUGCUUCCUUCCCUCAUGGAACUGUCUGUAGUGGGCAAUCCAGUGGCUCGCCGGUCACUGCACAGGCCAGCAGCUGUACUGCAUCUGUCUACACUGCAGGUUCUGGAUGGCAUGACAGUCACCCUGGAAGAAAGAACCAGAGCAGAGCUUUUAAAUAAUGAAGCACAGGGUUCUAGUUCAGGUGGUGAAGUGACUUUACCCGGUUUGGUACCAUUGGUGACCCGACCGGCUCCUUUAAGAGGUGCAGGAAUGCACUCACUCAUACCUGAUCAGCAAGACGACACACAUGAUACCAGCAGAUAUAGGAAGCAGAAAGCGGUUGUCUCUCUCUUGCGUGGAGUUCAGAGUGACUUCAACUUCAGGCAGAUCAGAGGAUCCAGCCACUACAUGACAGCGUUACAGCAGACCGGAUACAGAGUUCUCUCCACUUUCCCUAACACUGAUCCUGAGACCAGGUACAAGUGUCACAGUGUACCCAGACCUCCUCCUCCUCCUCCUCUGUAACAAAAAGUCAUAGAUGCACUAUGUGUGUCAUGAAUUUCAGCUUUGGCCUUGUGUGUUGUUGUUCAUCUUUGGAUCUUAGAUCGAACUUAAACUGACAAUUUAUUUAUCUGGAAUUGUGUCAAUAUCAAAAGACAUUAAAUGUAUAUUUUCUAUUCAA